GCCGGGGAAGGAAGAUUGGUUGGCGCUGGAGCAGCGGGUGGUGGUGGGGCAUGCAUGGUCUGGGUUUCUAGUUCGGGCUGGACUUUUUCCUUCCAUGUUUUCAUGCCGUGGGGAGCUGUGCGGUGCGGCGAGUGGGCUCAGUAAAAACCUGAUUUGAUUCGAAGAGCCGAAGGAUUGUUUCGGGGUGAAAAGGGGUGACCGGAAGCGAUCUUAGAACUGACCGGAAACAGGGCCUGGAGGGGAAAGAGCUGGUCCCUAGAGGGAGGGGGCUUCCCGCAGAAGGGGCAGAGGACGGUGGCGGGGCGGCUGGAGCGCGGAGCGGGCUGCCAGUCGCUGCUGCGGCUGGUCUGGAAGGCGGUGAGCAGCUGCCGCGAGCGAGGGGUAUAGCGAGCUCGAGCUCAAGGAGCAGAGCUCAGAGCCCACCUGUCUCUGGGAAGUCUGGAGGAGUUGAGCUAGGGGCGCCUCCGGCUCCUGAGUGCCGGGCAGCAGGUUUUGUGGAAGCCGGAGCAGCCGCGAGAGUGGAGCUGCGGGCACGGGCGAUUGUUAGCUGUGCGGCCAGGCAGGUCGCCCGUCGGAGUGGCCGGUGGGGACUGACUGUGUAGCCUUGGUUUGGAGUUUUGGACUCUCCUACCCCUCUGGGGGUAGAAUUACGCUCCGCGCCUUUGUACCAGGAACGGUGUCCGCUGGGGCAAGGAAAGAGCCAGGAUGGCCUGGGCUCUGAAGCUGCCUCUGGCGGAUGAAGUGAUUGAAUCCGGGCUGGUGCAGGACUUUGAUGCCAGCCUGUCCGGGAUCGGCCAGGAGCUGGGUGCUGGUGCCUAUAGCAUGAGUAUUGGAAAUUGAAUCCAGGGCCUCCUACUGAGCUAUAUCCCAGGCCUUUUUAAAGUUUCGUUUUGUGCCUGCUCUUGCUGAGUUCCUCAGGCUGGCCUUGAACUUGUGAUCCUCUUGCCUCAGCCUCCUGAGUAGCUGGGAACUGGGAUUAUAGUGAUGUCCUUGCAUUGCCCAUUUUUAAACAAGAAGAGUCAAAUCUGCCUCCUGAUAAUGAGAAUGAAAUCCCACCUUUCCAGUAUGUGCUUUGCGCUGCCACUUCUCCAGCCGUGAAACUGCACGAUGAAACCUUGACAUACCUCAAUCAAGGACAGUCUUACGAAAUCCGAAUGCUAGAUAAUAGGAAACUUGGAGAACUUCCAGAAAUUAAUGGCAAAUUGGUGAAGAGUAUAUUCCGUGUAGUAUUCCAUGACAGAAGGCUACAGUACACUGAACAUCAGCAGCUAGAGGGCUGGAGGUGGAACCGACCUGGAGAUAGGAUCCUUGACAUUGAUAUCCCAAUGUCUGUGGGUAUCAUCGAUCCUAGGGCUAAUCCAACCCAGUUAAAUACAGUGGAGUUCCUAUGGGACCCUGCAAAGAGGACAUCUGUGUUUAUUCAGGUCCACUGCAUUAGCACAGAGUUUACUAUGAGGAAACAUGGUGGAGAAAAGGGGGUACCAUUCCGAGUACAAAUUGAUACCUUCAAAGAGAAUGAAAACGGGGAAUAUACGGAACACUUACACUCAGCCAGCUGCCAGAUCAAAGUCUUCAAGCCCAAAGGUGCAGAUAGAAAGCAAAAAACAGAUAGAGAAAAAAUGGAGAAACGAACACCUCAUGAAAAAGAGAAAUACCAACCUUCCUAUGAGACAACCAUCCUCACAGAGUGUUCUCCAUGGCCUGAGAUCACAUACGUCAAUUCCCCAUCACCUGGUUUCAACAGUUCCCAUAGCAGUUUUUCUCUUGGGGAAGGAAAUGGUUCACCUAACCACCAGCCAGAGCCCCCACCUCCAGUCACUGACGUAAGUCUGAAGCUAAAUAACCUCUUGCCAACAACCACACCUCAGGAAGCUCAGCAAUGGUUGCAUCGAAACCGUUUUUCUACGUUCACAAGGCUUUUCACCAACUUCUCAGGGGCAGACUUACUGAAACUAACUAGAGAUGAUGUGAUCCAAAUCUGUGGUCCUGCAGAUGGAAUCAGACUUUUUAAUGCAUUAAAAGGCCGGAUGGUGCGCCCGAGGUUAACCAUUUACGUCUGUCAGGAGUCCUUGCAGUUGAGGGAGCAGCAGCAGCAGCAGCAACAGCAGCCACAACAGAAGCAUGAGGAUGGAGAAUCAAAUGGUACUUUCUUCGUGUACCAUGCCAUCUAUCUGGAAGAACUGACAGCUGUUGAGUUGACAGAAAAAAUUGCUCAGCUUUUCAGCAUUUCUCCUCGACAGAUCAGCCAGAUUUACAAGCAGGGGCCAACAGGAAUCCAUGUGCUCAUCAGUGAUGAGAUGAUACAGAACUUUCAGGAAGAAGCCUGUUUUAUUCUGGACACAAUGAAAGCAGAAACCAAUGACAGCUAUCAUAUUAUACUGAAGUAGGAGCGGGGCAUCUCACUCUCAAUGGCUGCUGUUUCCUUCACCUCCUGAAAACUGUCCCCUUGAAGGGGACAUGAUGGAGAAUUGGUUUGAAGGUCUGCAGGAACCUGGCUCAUCUGGCUGUGUGGGGGAUUUAGCCCUGGACGCAGAAUCCCAGCCCUGUGUGUUUUUGCCCCAGACUCCUCUUAGUACACACAGAUUACUGCCCAGUGUGGAAUUCUGCAGUUACCCUUUAGUUGAAAUUCUGGCCCAGUUGUCAAAUAUCAAUAGGAAUUCCACAUUAUUUAGGAUUAUGUAGGCCAUAGUGAUGAUGGGAAUUGGGUGAUGUUUAAUAGAAAGAUGUUAAAUUUUGUGAUAUGGAGCCAUAUAAUUUUUUCUAAUAUAAAAGUGAACAUCUAUAUUCAUAA